AUGACCGACUUGUGUUUUCACAAUUGCGACAUAGAGUAUAAAAUGGGCGAAUUAUUUUUUGCAACCGUCAGUAUUCCACGAAACAUGAAGAUUGUUGUUAUUCUGCUGGCGGUUGCUGUACCGCUGGCAGUGGCCUUUCCCGGCGGUCUCAAUCAUAUUUUAGGCGGCUUGCACAAUUUAGGAAAUAUAUUUGGUGGCAAUAAGCCACUGCUAGAUAUAAAUAUUUUGGGCCAUGGUAAAAAAUCAAGCGGUUGCUAUAACGGUGGCAAAGGUGCAGGAAAUGGCGGCGGAGCAGGAGGUGGCGGAGGAGUAGGAGGUGGCGGAGGAGCAGGAGGUGGCGGAGGAGUAGGAGGUGGCGGAGGAGCAGGAGGUGGC